AUGUUUCACGGAAAUGGCUUGUUUAUUCAAUUUCAAAAUUUGUAUUAUUCUGUGCUCCGUGUAAAUUAUUUGGAUGCAGUACUCAACUGGGAGAUGCUGGAUUUAAUGAUUGGAAAAAAUGGACAUUUAGUUAUUUCCAGGCACGAAAAUUCUUUGGCACAUAAAAAUAAUGUAUUAAGUUUUAUUACAUUGCAAAGUGAUGUAGGUAGAAUUGACACUCAAUUGGUAACACAAGUCACUGAUGAAAUGAAUUACUGGAAAGCUGUUCUUCAUCGAGUUGUUGAAGUAAUUAAAUUUCUCGGUACAAAAGGUUUAUCAUUCAGAGGUGAUAAUGAACAAUUUAACAAAAUUAACAAUGGGAAUUUUUUGGGAACGCUAGAGUUACUAGCUAAAUUUGACCCUUUUAUUGCUCAGCAUAUAGAAAAGUAUGGGAAUAGAGGGAAAGGAACUCCGUCUUAUUUGUCAUCCACAAUCUAUGAAGAACUUUUACUUUUGAUGAAGAAUGAUAUAAUUAAAAUUAUAUUAAAAGAAUUAAAAACAGCCAAGUAUUAUUCUUUAAUCGUCGAUUCUACACCUGAUAUAGCAAACGUCGAUCAACUUGUUAUUGCAUUAAGAUAUGUUUUACCAAGUGGUGUACCUGCAGAAAGAUUUUUAAUAUUAAUUUCAAACAGUGGUCAUAAAUCUGAAGAAAUGAGCAAUGUUGUAAUGGAUUUUCUUAAUUCACACAAUAUACCAAUUAAAAAUUGUCGUGGCCAGAAUUACGACAAUAUUUCAGCUGGAACGUGUGCAGCAGAAAGUUGUAGUUCUGCUACUUCAUUUUUGAUGCUUCUCCAGGAACUAUACAGUUUUUUUUCUUGUUCUACUGCACGUUGGGAUAUUUUAAAAACAUAUUUGAAGAACAAUCUUAGUGUAAAAAAUUUAUCAGUAACUCGCUGGAGUGCUCGUUUUGAUGCUUGCCAUGCUUUAUUUAACUCUUAUGCAUUUAUAAUUGAAGCUUUGCAUAGUUUAGUUGAUAAUCAGAAAGAAAAAGCUGUAUAUAAAGUAGAAGCUAAUGCAUGGAAGCUUAAUGAUAUUCAUAUGGAAUUCAAUAUUAAACAGAUCAGAGAUGAUUUUGAUGUUUUUGAAAAUAAGGCUGUAGAAAUUACUGGUUGUUCCAAGUAUGCCAAAGAUUCUAAGAGAAAAAAAAAGAGAAAGGGUAUGGCUGAUGAAUCAAGAUCUCAACCUUUCACAGAAAUUACAGGAAAAAUAAAUUUUAUUAGAAAUGUAUAUUAUGUGAUAAUUGAUACUCUUAAAUGUCAACUUAGUUCGAGAAGACAAGCUUAUGAAAAAAUAUCAGAUAUUUAUGGGUGUAUACCCACAUUAUAUAAAACACCGAGUUCUGUUGUUGUAAGGAACACAUGUGAAACUUUGGCAAAAUAUUUUAUUGAUGAUGUUGAAAACUCAAGCUUACUUAUAGUUAUAGAUGAGUGUAUUCUUUUUUCAAAAUUAAUUUCCACGGAUAAAAGUGUGAAAUCUGUUCUCUCUAUGCAUAAGUACAUCAAGACCAAAGAACUAGAGUUUAUGUUUCCAAAUUUAGAAAUAGUUAUGCGUAUGUAUCUUAGUACAGUAGUUUCAAACUGCUCAGGCGAAAGGGCUUUUUCUAUCCUUAAAAGAGUAAAAUCCUAUUUGAGGUCAACCAUGAAGGAGGGAAGGCUGAAUGCAUUAGCAAUAUUUAGUAUUGAAGCAGAAUUGGUUGAAAAAUUUUAA